AUGCGAAGCCGAUCGAUCAAGCCCGAGGCGAAAAAGGCGGCGCGCACAUCCACGAGGAACAGGGACAGGCAGAUUAUCGCCAAUCUCAAAGCGACUGGAGGCGAGGCGGUCGUUGGGGGGUGGAGCGGGAAUUGGGAGGUUGAAGGAGGAGAAGAGGGAGGGAAGGGCCGGGCUGAGUGUUCAGAUGUUGUACGCCGCAGCCACACUGCGCCCGGUGGAAACCUCUGCAAACGCCUGGCGUACGUAAUAUUGGUUGCGGGUGCGGGCGGGAUGGCCAGUGGCGACUGGGAGUCAGUCCGGCUUACACUCGAGUUAGUCAUUGUCGAGUCGGGCUAUAUCCGGUUUGAUGUCAACAUUGCAUUGAGCGAAGUAAUUUACAUUCAAUGGAAGACCUUUUUAGGCAAAGACGAGGUGCAUGCCGUUGUAGAGUGCUACCCCUCUCACAAUGGCACCUGCCUGAAUGCCACUGGAAAUGAGAUGAUCUUGGAGGUCCCCUGA